AAGAAAAAAGGUAAAAGCAGCAGAGAGCAGCGAAAUAAAAUGAGCGAAGGUCCGAAGCUCUACAACAACAAACCCAAGAAAGCGCACCUCAAACAGUUUCAAGAUCAGCAGGUUUUCGCUUCCGCAGCACCGUCGUCUUCAACAAUGCACUCCUCCACUCCGCCGCCGCCGCCUCCGCCGCAGCUCCCCAAGGAGUCGUUUGCUCGCCGUUACAAGUUCCUCUGGCCGAUGCUCUUGGCUGUGAAUCUCGGCGUUGGAGCUUACCUGUUCAUGCGGACGAAAAAGAAAGAGACAGACGUGGAGGAAGAAAUUACUACUGCAGUUUCAAGUGUUGCUCAAACAACUGCUACUGAGAAACCCAUGCCUCAGCCAGCUAUCACAGAGCCUGUAAAAAUGCGGGAACUGAUCUCAGAGGAACAACAACGCGAAGCUUUCAAGUGGAUUUUGGAGGAAAAAAGAAAGGUCAAACCAAACAAUCCUGAAGAGAAGAAGCGCAUUGAUGAGGAAAAAGCCCUUCUGAAACAGUUCAUUCGAGCAAAAUCUCUUCCAACAUUCUAACCGUUAAAGCUUUGUUUUCAAAAAUGCCGACUACCAGGGUGGAUUCUCAUGUGCUUCUUUGUUUUCUACUCGUUUUGUGGGAUUGUCUCUAGAAAGGAUCAUGUCUGCACAGAUUUAGUUGUUAUCAUUUGAUGGAAGUAUGAAACUCUUAUGUGCAAAGGCUAAUUUUGAAUCUUGGGUGCUGUCGUUCACCUGCCUAUUGUUACAUCGAAGUCCUCUCACAUGUAACUAAAUAUACUGUUCUUUAAAUCCUUGAUUACUUCUUGGU